CUGUACAAGUUUUAAUUUAAAAAUGUGUAUAUUUUAAAACCAAAAACAAUAUUAUUCAAAAACAAUAGGGAAAUUACCUAUAAUACCACUUUCAAGGUACCACUUUUCAAUUAUACAUUAACCAACUAUACCACUUGAUUUUUAAUAGCAAAAUGACCACUAUGUCCCUAAUUAAUUAAAUCUAAAACCACCGACGAAAUCACAUUUGACGAAGAGAAGAGUACGACUUCAUCUUCUUCCUUGCAGUCACCAAGCUUCAUCUGCGACCAUGGCCGUUCUGUGUCUCUGAGCUCGGGUUGUGUCCUCCGUUCAUCCGCCCUAACCUCUGCUGCUUCCAUCUCGCGCCAUCUCCUCAAGUCCAAGCCGUAUCGUCAUUCCGAGAGCUCACAUCGAGCAGUACAGAUUGAUGACAAAAAUCAUAAGCAAGAUGCAGCGGUUCGGAGCCGUUUGGAGUAUAAUCGAGGAGAUGAGGAAGGAGAAUUCUCACCUGAUCGAGCCAGAGCUGUUCGCCGUUCUCGUCGCCGAAGGCGUCGAGAUAACAUAUGUAAGUGCGAUUAAGCUGAUCCACGAGAAGACUAAGUUUCGUCUGCACUCUCACGAUGUGCCGUACGGAUCCGGCAGUGGUCAGCAAUCUGUCACUGGUUUUCCAGGCGUCGUUGAUUCAACCAGCUACUGGGAUUCAUAUUCAGGCAUAAACUUAUGGAGCGGUUGGGUAUCAAGAUUUCGUUUAUUUCCUAAGUUGUAUGUACACUGGGCGGUUAAAGCCAUUUCCUUUGGAGGUUUCAACUUGUGUUGACUCUGUUUGUGCUCAUGAUUCUUGUCGACCUGCUAUUGAUUUCAUCGUUGAGUUGAUGUUUGCUUCAUCCAUUCUACAAGUGCCUGGGCUUGUUUCAUCUUUUCAGGUGUGUAAAUGAAGUUUUCUCUUUGUCUUCUUGAUUCAGAGAUUGUUUAAUUUUAACAGUUUAUGUUGUGUGUUUGCAGCGGAGGCUUUGUAACUUUGUGGAGAAGUAAAAGCCAUGAAAAUGUUUGAUCUGAUCAUCUGGUGUAUCUUUAUAAAGACAUAUAAAUCUCUUGUAAUAAGUGUUUCUUCACGAAACUAGUAUUUUCUGAGUUUUAUAAAGGUUUAUCAGGGGUUGUAAGUUAUAUAAUCUCUUCAUGAAACUACUAUAUAUGAGUUUUAUAGAGGUUUAUAAGGGGUUAUAAGUUAUAUAAUCUCUUCUUGAAACUAGUAUAUCUGGGUUUUAUAAAGGUUUAUAAUGGGUUAUAAGUUAUAUAAUAUCUUAUAAAACUAGUAUAUCUGAGUUUU